AUGGGUACGCCAUCUUUGUCGUCUCUCCAGAAGCCCAUCCCCCUUGUGCGUCUUCACCGGGUAACCGUCCGUCUGUCAUUCUGUUCUGUGGGAAGCGCCAGCUGCACACACGGUGGCGAAAAGAUGCCCUCACCAAGGACAAUAACCAUUGUGGCUCUAUCUUUAGCUUUAGGUUUAUUUUUCGUGUUUAUGGGGACCAUUAAGCUCACGCCGAGACUAAGCAAAGAUGCAUACAGUGAAAUGGUGAGUAAUAUGUAACGACAAACUGUCCGCAUCUGUUGGGGUAAAAGGCCAUUGUUCUGUGCUCUGGCUGCAGACGCGAAAGCCUCUCAGGCUCAAAUAAUGUGAGGAGAUGAUGACCUUUGUGGCCAAAGAUAUGGAGAAUGAACGCUUUCGAUGUUGCAUUGUUCUUGUAGUUUUCCUCUGCAGAGUAUUGGUUAAUGUCACACAAGGGAUUCUGUUAUAUAAAACAUUUAGUCCUGGUGUAACAGUAACUGCCUCUAACACUACAGUUAGCAUGUAGGCUAGUUUUGGCAAUAUAAAUCCUAAUAUAGCUCGAAAUUAACGCGAGUAUUCUCUGAGUAUUAGAUCAUAUAUCAAACAAUCAAAAUUGUGUCAGCAUUUGGCCAGAAAACGCGAUACAAGAUGGAUUACAAGGCUGAAACAAUCCUGUUUCUUUCACAUGUUGAAUUAUCUCUCAGUAACGCGAACAUACUGUGGGCAAUAAACACGUGUAGGUUUACUCGUGAAAGCAUGUUGAAGAAGCCUUAGCUGCUCGGCAUGUCGUUCAGCACUCAUAGCAAGUAAAGGGUUUAAAGCAAUGGCGGCGCAUUCGAGCAAAUUCUGUUGGAUGCACCUGCUGGUGCUGAUGUUGACUCGUCCUAUAAGAAAGAUGACAGCAUAUAUAAACAUGAAGCCACAGUCAAAAUCCAAAUUAUGUGCCCAUGGAGUAUUUUUAAUUCAGAUUUAGAUUCAUUUGAUCUGGAGAGCAGUGUGACAGAGAUAAAAUGUGCUAAUGUGGUGAUCAAAUUUCACAUGACAAUGGUGACCUGUGGUGGCCACAUGUAAGGCCUCUCUAAAGUACAUCUCUGAGUGUUUGUGUGAUACUUCAAUCAAAGAAACAUACAUAAGAGGAUGUUUGCAUUUCUUUCUUCCAGAAAAGGGCAUACAAGAGCUAUGCCAAAGCACUACCAGGCCUAAAAAAGGUCGGGAUCAGCUCGGUCCUGCUCCGCAAGAUCAUCGGUUCUUUGGAGGUGGGCUGCGGCGUGGUUCUCACCCUUGUGCCAGGCCGGCCGAAAGAUGUAGCCAACUUCCUGCUGCUGCUGGUGAUGCUAGCCGUCCUGUUCUUCCACCAGCUAGUUGGUGACCCUCUGAAACGGUACGCCCACGCUCUGGUUUUUGGUAUUCUGCUCACCUGUCGACUGCUCAUUGCCCGCUCAGGUGAUGACCGACCAGAGAGAGAGGACAGUAGAGAGGAACAGCACAUCAACGAUCAGGAAAAGAACAAAGUCAAGCAGUCUUAAGAUAUUAUCAUGCUGUGGCUCAAACCACAACAAUGGGAACCUAGUGCACCUCCUUGGAUGGUAAUUUGUCAGAAUUUGAAGGAAUCAGUCACUCAGUAAUAACGCCCCUCACACACAUCUACUGUUCUGUCCUGCUGGAUGACUGAUUACUGUCAUAUACUUUUGUGCACUCUUAAUGUGAAGCUGGGAACUCCUGAUCCAUACAUCCUCUAUAUAUAGCCAUGGACAAUCAGACCAGUGGAAGCUUUGAUGAGCACAGCUCAUGCCACAAUAACCCAUUUUCCCUUCAUGUAUUCCAGCCCUACACUGUGCUAAACUUGUGUCUUUCUUUUAACUGAGUGUGAAUUUGAUUUUGUUAUAAGAUGUUUUGUUGAUUUGAGAAUGCUGUUUUUCAUGAGAGGGUCUUUGUAGCUUGUUUUUCUAAUUUGUUUUUUAUACUAUAGGUAGAAGUGACUAAUAAUUUAUGAAUUUUGACAGUUCAAGCAUGCUUUAUUUGGUCAGCAGUAAAGAUUAUAAACCAAAAUGAACAGUGUUGCAAGAAUUUUUACCAACUAUGCGUCAAGUAGUAUUCCAUUUUCAUAUUUAAUUUAAUGCAGUGUUACCAGAAAGCAAUUUCUGAGAGGAAAAAUAUAUUCAACUUCUAGUUUAUGUCACAUGUUGUUAGAUUAUAAAGUACGCAUGAACUAUUUUCUCCCAAGGUAAAGUUAGCUAACUAUCCUCUGUCUCCCCUCAGUUCAGUGAUUACAUUAGUGAAGUUGUUUGGCCGGAAAAGACAGCGUUUGCUGCCUCAGGUGUCUGCUUCCAGCUUGUACAGCAGAACUUUACCAAAUUUUUAUUAAAGGAACUUUUUGCCUGAUAAAAAUGGAAAUUUACCUUUUGUAAUUCACGGUCUUAAACCCAGUCACUGUCUGUUAAAGAUCCUACGAUGUUUGGUUUUAUGUAAUUCUCUCUGAAGAUACAAAUGCUGGGGAUAAAUGAUGAUGUGAGUUGAUUUUGAGAUUCACAAUAUUUCUGUAAAUUAUGUACUGAAAGAAUUGGAGGUAAGACAUGCUAAAUAUUGUUUGUCUUAUAGGUACUUGUACCUACAUAGACCUACAUUAAAUUUGCUAUUAAGAAUUCUGUUACGGGAUUUUCUUUUUGUGUUGCAUUUGCAAUUGUGUCAUAUUAACUAUAUGCAUUAAAUGUUAAUCAUUUUAUGAAA